AUGUCUGAGAGUCGAAAGGCAAUCAUCAUCGGCGCCGGUCCAGCCGGCCUUGCAGCUGCGCUGCGUCUACACCAACAAACAAACAUCCAAGUCACAAUCUAUGAACUACGAGCAGAGCCCACCACUUUGGGUGGAGCCAUUGGUAUCUUGCCCAACGGCCUUCGCCUCCUGGACCGCCUGGGCCUCUACGAGAAAGCAGCAGCUCGUGGCUUCACCAGCUCAAACUUGACUUUGCAUUCCAUGCAAGGUCACAUUGUGGCUCAACAGGACUUUAUCGCCUGGGCGCGGGAGAAGACUGGAUUUGGGUACAUGCGCAUCAAGCGCACGGAUCUGGUGGAUGUCCUGCUGCAGGCGGUGCAGGAGGCCAAGAUCUCGAUUCAUUUUAACAAGCGGUUGACGAAUAUUGAGGAGAGUGACGAGAGUGUGCAGGUUACCUUCGGGGAUGGGUCAACCGAUUCUGCUGACAUGUUGUUCGGAUGUGAUGGUAUCCACUCGUUUGUGCGACGUGCCUACGUCGACUCCAAAAAGAGUCUGGAGUACUCCGGCAUGUCGGGCCUUGGAUCUAUUAUACCCACCAGCAUCUUAUCUCCUUCGACAGCUGCCCAGAUCACCGGCCUAGAUGCUACCCUAACCGAAGAUGGCAUGCUUGCCGUGAACCCAUGUUCGGCAGGGAAAGAUGAGCUGUUUUGUUUUUUCUCGAAGGAGGUCGCCCUCCCAGAAUCGGGGGAUAGCCGUGACGGCUGGGCAGUGCACGGAAAGGAGGAAGUGGAUGGCUUCAAGUCCACCAUGUUGGAAACUCUGGAGAGUGCACAGGGUGAAUGGGGAAGUGCUAUGAAGGAGAUCGUGAACAAAAUCUCGGUCGUGAACUUCUAUCCUGUUUACAGAUUGCGCCCUGGUGGUGUCUGGUUCAAGGGCCGAUGCCUUCUGCUUGGUGAUGCUGCCCAUGCAAUGUCCCCCCAUGCUGGGCAAGGUGUCUCGAUGGCUCUUGAGGAUAUCUUCUUGCUCUCUCGCUUACUUGAGGACCCCAAACGGCCACUUAACGAGACCUUUCAGAGCUACGAUCGAAUUCGCCGACCUCGCAUCAGCGAGAUUUUCAAGUUGGCUGCAAAGAACGCUGAAGUGCGAAAGAAGACCGGCCCGUGGGGUUUGUGGCUCAAGGAAAUUCUAUUCUCAAUGGCAAUAACUCUUUCCUGGGUUUUUGGCGCAGAAAAGAGAGGACUGCGGCAGGGACAUCUGGUCUACGAUGUAGAUAAAGUGGACCUAGUCUAGUGUUUCUUUUGUCAGGGCUGG